UGUUUCGGAUCCUGUCAAGUCAAUCCAAUUUCACCCAGAGCACGUGUACGUGUGAGCAACUUAUGGAGAAAUUUUGGAUCUCAAUUUCAGACUACUUGACUAUAAAUCUUUAUGAUAAGAUCAUUCGAAUUCAUUCUGAUCUUAUAUUCUUAUUAUGCGUUAUCAACAAGUUGAAUACAAAAUUUUAUAUCAAUAUAUUGGCAGAAAUUGUGCAUAGCAGAAUGAAAGACAUACAACCAACUAUUUGGAACACACGGAUGUCCAUUUGACCCAAAGAAAUCACGAAUAAAAUGUAUACCAUUACAUGGAUACAUCUUAAAAAGGUAUUUAGUGAUGAAUUAUGCUCUUUAUAUUAUUACUUCAUAGCAAUUUUUAACUCUGUAAAAUGUCCUGUAGACAUCUCAAAUUAAACCUGUUUGUUAAAUUUUUUGACACGUUGUUCACCCUGGAAUGUUUGCUUUCGGUAUUCAAUUAUCUGCUCAACUAGCAAACUUUUCCGAUGACAAAGACGGUUUACUUUGUACCUUUGUUUUCUUGAUUCUGUUUACGUAAGUACAUUGCGUACAUUGACUGUGAGCAGACUGACACAUCGAGUGGAGUUUGACGUUUGCUGAGGGGAGGGUGAUUCAUCUUAAUAUUCUGUAUCAGUCAAGGAAGAAUCUGUUCUAUUUUCUAGAGGUCUGAGGCUCCUGUCCGUUUCAUUGGGAAGAGGAAGAAUCCCAGAGAAACUGAAACUUUGAUAUUUGUGAUUUUCCCUAUAGAGAAACGCGGUUAUUUUUUUAAAUUUAUCAUAAUGCAUUCGUUUUAUUACAUUGUUGGUGUGAUUUUUGUUGCAACGUCGUAUGGUUUUCCAGUAAAAGAUUGUG